AUGGGUGAUUUUGAUAUGAAGUUUAUAUGGAUUUUAUUAUUGAUUAGUUGUACAGGGUCUAUGGCCGUCGUGAAUAAACACCGGAUCCCUUGGCUUAAAAUUAGAUUCCAUAAUAAUGAACCUUUUGAAAAUUUUGCAAGUCGAUAUACGAACAUUUUAUCAGAACGAAGCCAGCUCCAGCCACCAGAAAAUGGUGACCCCUGCGACAGUAUCAUCCCGCCACGACCAAGGUGGAAUUUUGGUCAACGCAUCAGUGAUAAAAGAUGUACAGAAUACAUGAGUGAUAUGAUGUACCGAAAUACGCUAAAAGACAGGGAAGAGAAGUGUCAGCAAAAACAAGGCAAGGAACCUGGUCAAACAUACAUACGAUUAUUAUACAAACAUUCAACCAAAGAAGGAGAAUAUCCACACAUGGCAGCUAUUGGUUGGAGACGGAGGCUACGGAACAGCUGGGCAUUUCUCUGCGGAGGCAGUCUCAUAAGCCCGAACUUCGUCCUGACAGCAGCCCACUGUGGCUCACAAUCCACCGCAGUAGUAACUAGUAAAUACUUGAGGAAAGCACAACCAGACAUCGUCCGUUUGGGAUCUAGGUAUAUCAAGACACGCCGUAAUCCAGAAUCUGAUGUAAAAAUCAAACAGUUCAUACAACAUCCAUAUUGGUAUCCACCUAAACAUUAUUACGACAUUGCGCUGGUGGAGUUGGCCGAAUCAGUGUCGUUUUCAAAAACUGUCCAACCAGCGUGUCUGCCAGGAUCAUUUGCAUCGAAAUAUGAUGCUUAUAUUACUGGUUGGGGAGCUACAGAUGUAACAGCUAAAAAACUAUCACCAGUACUUCAAGCAGCGGAGGUCGACAUUAUAGAUUCAAGUGAAUGCAACACACUGUUGACUCCAUUUUCAAAUAGAAAUUGGUGGGGUGUGAUGGACCACCAGUUAUGCGCAGGGAAACUCGAAGGUGGCGUUGAUACUUGCCAAGGAGACUCUGGUGGACCUCUACAACUCAAGCUUCAAGAGACGAAGCAUGAAGGAAGUAUGCACAUGGUGAUUGGAGUAACAUCAUUCGGGUUUAAAUGUGGACUCAAAGAUAAGCCCGGAAUAUACACAAGGGUUUCUAGCUUUAUGGAUUGGAUAGAAAGUAUAGUUUGGCCACAAUAA